AGUAUAUGCCUGGAGAUGUUUUGUUUUGUUUUGCCUGCUAUAGCAACCAUAGCAUAUAAAAUAUAGCAUAAGGGGUCUAACCCCGCACACGGACCGCAGAGUCUUCCCGAUCAACGAGUGCCUAGUAUUCCCGCACUAAGACCGCACCGCUGACACCAUGAAGCUCCUUGCUGUUGUCAUCUACAUCAGCUUUGGUGUGCUAAUACCGCAUGUCAGCGCAACUUGUGACGGCUGUAAAACUACAUGGGAUGCCUCUGGCAAGGCAUGCAGUGACGACGACACCUAUAUAUCGUGUCUGUUGAACGCAGCGAGUAGCGACGCAGGAUGUGAUACUCGACACACUAAGAUGGCGGAGGCGAAGACUCACCGUGACGGAAUCAUGCCGCCUGUUGCAUGCACUGCGUUGACUACUACGUGUGGUUGUCAAGUGACUUACCAUUCUACUGAUCUUACCUCUGGUGCUUGCACAACUGCUACAAAUGCAAUAAAGUGUCUGGUUGCCGCUACAGACGAUGGAUGUAUUGGUGCUACUACGACAGCCAGAAAGGACAUUGUUGCAGCUUUUAACACUAUUGUCACCAACACAGCUUCAUGUGAGCUGACGGACACGUGCAAAUGUCAGACAGCCUACGCUAUGGCAGAUGUUGCUGCAGCCGAAAACAAAUGCACAAAACUGAAGGAAGAAAUGAAUUGCCUGAUGUCGGCAAAUGGCGUGGCGUGUGACGGUUCGACAAAGAAAUCUGCAGUAGCGACUGCACAAGACGCCUUCAUCGUCGACGCCGUUGCCAACUGCAAAACAGACCUAACGGAGACAUGCAAAUGUCAGAUAGCCUACGCCAAGGUAGAUGUGACUGCAGCUACAGACAAAUGCACAGGAGCUAAAGAUGCAAUCAAGUGUUUGGUUGCCGCUACAGAUGUUGGAUGCACUGCUUCUACAGCCAGAAAGGACAUUGUUGCAGCUAUUAACACUAUUGUCACCGAGACCGCUUCAUGUGAUCUGACGGAUACGUGUAAAUGCGAGACAGCCUACGCCAUGGCAGAUGUGACUGCAGCCGCAGACAAAUGCACGGCCGCCAAGACAGCUACAACCUGCUUGGAAGCCAUCAAGUCAGCCGAAGAAAAGGCUUGUGAUGGAUCAACUUUGACGAAAACGUAUCUGAAUGAAACCAUCACUCCCAUAGUGACAGAAGCGUGUAGCAGUGGAACCGUGGUGCUGCUCAGUGUCUGGGUCGCUGCUGCAUGUGUUCUCUCAGGGAUGAUUCAACAGUGAUAACCAGUGACACCACACGCUGUCACUCUUUCAGUGUUAUUUUGUUCUUCACUAACCAGACAUUAUAUAAACUCUGCUGAACAUUUCUAUAAACAAUAUAUAAGAAAACAACGAUCCACUGUUUAUGAUUAAAGUAAUGCAAACAUUAUAACGAACGAUUUACGUGGUGUUAAAAUAGAUCACUAAAGUGAAAUAGUUUGCAGGAUAAAUUUGUUUAUAAAUAGAGUUCACACUCUGUGUAUAAUUUAAACUAGAAUCUGAUAGGCUACGAUGUUUGAUACUAUUUUGUGCUGGUUAAAUUUCUUAAUGCAUAAUUACAAAGAUUUGUAAGCAUGAUAUGCAGAUAUAUCUAUGAGCUGUAAUUAUUCCUAAUGUUUAAUCAAUUCAAUGUCCAGAGAAAAGGUUAUCUCAGGCCCAUAGAAGGUGGUGUUUGAAAGUUAGCCUUCCUGAUGUGCCACUCCUACGUUUUGAUGAUCGAAAACACUUACUAGUAUUUCAAAUUAUGGUGAAAAUACACACACUCAUCUACAAUUCAAACAUUUAAGUAAAUUAUAACCAUCCAUUAUAUACAUUAGUCAGAAAUUUUAAUUAUUGAACAGUGUCUUUUUUCGCUAAGUAAUAUUUAUAUUUAAAGAAAAAAGAAAAAAAGGUGUAUUUCCAUCAUUAGGAAUUUUAAAUCCCACAUUUAUUUGUUCAUGACACCACACUCUCUCAUCGGAUUUGAACAUGUAUGCUGCCCAUGACUGUUAAAAUAGUAUAAUAACAUGACUGGAAGACUCUGAUUAAAACACAGUUAUUAGUAACAAUUAUAUAUGUUUUUGCCGUAUGCAACUGGUUUUAUCACGCAAAUUCCUAAAUAGUAGUGUGAGACUAGUUUUUAGUCAAAUGUAAUUAUCUCCCAUCAUAUUAUUGUAUAUUAUUAUUACAAAUAUUUUAAAUCAUGCAGGAUUUUCAUUUUCAGUAGUUAUAAUUUAUCCAUGUUUAUCUUCGGUAUGGCAAUAAGACUAAAGAGAAGUUUAAUUUCGAGAACUUUUUCUCAGUUUCUAGGACUUACAUCCAAAUUAAAAUAUAGAAAGCACAGAUUGCUUCCAUCUCCUCUAAAUGAAUGUUUAGGUUUUUUCGAUUGAUUUUGUUUUAUUGUUUUAUAUUUUCCAAGCAUAACUAAUCAUUGUGUGUGUUCAACUGUGUUCUAUCGACAGAAUAUUUUGUCAGUAUGCUGUGCUGAGUAUAUAAUAAAUGUUUGCAGUGUAUAAAAAUGCACAUUGGAUAAUUAUCAAAUCUUUUGAAACACCCAGUCUGAUAUCAGAAUUAAGAAAUGUUUCUAAUGUUUUUUCCCCCUGUAAUUGACUUUUUUUUUCUUCAGGAAUCAAACUAUAUAGCGGGAAUUUUGAGACAACAUCGAUUAUUUAAUUAUGCUAAACAAGUAACUGGACAUUUUUGUAAAGGCAAAUCAUUGUCUACUUCAUUCUUCAAUAACAUUUUUUUUUACAUUUUUGAUUGCCAAAAAAAUUUAAAAAAUAAUAAAAUAAAGGUCAUAAAAAACACACCCUAAAACUGCAACACGGUCAACGGUGAAUUCGACCACCAGUUUGGAAAUGUCUUUUGAUUGAAAUACCGUGCACAUAUUUGCAGUUAUUUGUCAAAGAUAAUUUGAUUAUAUAAUUAUUUUUUAAAAUAUCCAAUUGUGCAAAAAAACUGUCUGUAUCUAAUGAUGAUAUAUGAUCGGAAAUAAAGAUACAUUCAGACCAAA